AUGGAUGGUAACUUGAUUAGUAUCAUUUCUAUGUUCCCAUCUGUGGUAAAUGUGCUUCAAAUAAUUGUUGAUGAUAAUCCUAAUGAUAGUUCGGGUGAAGCCUAUAAGUUAUGGAGAGAAAUACAAUCUUUUGAAUUUGUGUUUCACUUAUUUUUAAUAAAAGCUAUAUUGGGAAUAACAAAUACUUUGUCUCUAGCAGUGCAAAAGAAAGAUCAAGACAUUGUGAGUACAAUGAGUUUAGUGAAAACAUGCAAGGAAAACCUACAGUUGAUGAGGGAUAAUGAGUUCGAAGAAUUGGUUGAGCAAGCAUCUUCAUUUUGUGACAAACACGAUAUUACAGUUCCUACCAUGAAUGAGGAAUAUGUUAUUCCAGGGAGAUUACGGCGUAAUGCUCCAAUAAAGAUAAAUUAUGAUCGUUGUCGUGUGGAGAUCUUUGUUCAUGUAAUUGAUGGGCAACUUGCGAAAUUAAAUGAUCGCUUCAACAAGGUAAAUACUGAGUUACUUCCUUGUUUGGCGUGCUUGAGUCCGAAAAAUAACUUUGUAGCUUUUGACAAAAGAAAGUUAGUUCGUCUUGCUCAAUUUUAUCCUAAAGAUUUUUCGGAUCGAGACUUAUUGAUGCUUGAAGAUCAACUUGGUGUUUAUGUUCAUCAUAUGCAUUCAAGUAGUGAUUUCUCUCAAUUGGAAGGGAUUAGUAGUCUUGCAGAAAAAAUGGUGGAUAAAGGAAUGCAUGAAAUAUUUUCUUAUGUGUAUUUACUUCUUACAUUGGCUUUGGUUUUAUCGGUUGCAACUACUUCAGUAGAGAGGGCAUUUUCCGCCAUAAAUAUUUUUAAAAAAUCACUUCGCAAUAGAAUGGGAGAUCAAUGGUUGAAUGAUUGCUUGAUUGUUUAUGUUUACACCAUAAUCAACCGAGCAUACCUAGCAUCAAAGCGACUAGCACCGAGACAACCACGCCUUUUUCCUUGCCGAAGGAAGACACACUUCUGA